GGCGUGCAGAAUGGAAAAUGGGAGGACGUGCCUUCCAACAACACGCCUGCCACCACGGAGGUCGCAGUUGAGUCACACCGGUCAAGCCCGCUCAGUGUUCCCAUUUGGUCUUUCCCACGCCGCCAGGCCCUAUGACGCCACGGGUUUUUGGCGGACGAACAGCCAGGAAAGCGGCGUGUGGAGGACUUGGACCCUAGAUGCCUGGCUCUGCGGCGGCAGCAUCAGCAGCAGGAGCAGCAGCACAGCGUGUGCGGUUCUCGCUCACACUCAAGCAGCCGCCGCUGCCCACGUUCUCCCACCAACAGCAACAGCAACUGCACCUGCAACUGCAACUCCGAUUUGCCCGAGGAUUUCGCUUCCUAGCACGAGGGCAAGGUGCCGCUAGACCAUCACCGCUCGUCCGCGUGCCGCGUCGUCGCCCGCCGCCCACCGUUCCGAGGUCACUCUUCCCCGACGUCACCGCCUGGCCUGUCAAGCAGGGCGGGUUCCCCAGGCGCACGGGAGUACCUCGCUUCAUUCUUUUGCCCGCAGUCGAAAGCCAAAGCCCCGCCAUCACCGUCCUCCGUCCCGCGGCAGGCAUGUUGGCAUACGUGCAGAUCGUGAGCGUGCCCUCGGCCGACACGCCGGGGGCCUGUCUCAUGCUGCACUUCGACAACCGGCGCUACCUCUUUGGCCGCAUCGCCGAGGGCACGCAGCGGACCAUGGUGCAGCGCAAGGUCUCUCUCGCAAAGAUCCGCGACAUCUUCCUCUCCGGCGCCAUCGACUGGCAGGCCACCGGCGGCUUGCUCGGCGUGUUCCUUACACUCGCCGACCUCAAGGCUGCGUCGGCCGCCGACCUCGAACAGGUCAACGCGAAGCUGCGCAGCCGGGGCAAGCAGGACACCAAGUCCGUCCCUGCGCAGCUCAACAUCCACGGUGGCAAGAACUUGGUGCACAUGCUAGCCACCGCCCGUCGCUUCAUCCUCCGCAAGGCCCUCCCUGUCCAUCCCAGAGAACUGCGCCAUGAUCCCCGGUCCGACGAGAGCAAAGCGGAGCCAGACUACGAGGACGAAAACAUUCGCGUCUGGUCGAUCCCGGUAUCGGUGACACCGUUGAAACCUAGCGCGUCCGAGCCUCACUCUCCGAAGAAGCGGAAGUUGGGCCCUGCGUCCGAUGCGGAGGCUGAGCCGGAGCAGGACCUCGCCGAGGAGGAGGCUGACCAGAGAAUCAGGGAGGCCGUCGUCAAGGACAUGUUCUGCUCCAAGUGGAAUCUGGAUACGCUGCGCGAGAUGAAGCUCAAGGACGUCCAGCUGCCCGCCAAAAUCUUUAUCAGAAACGACCAGGGCCACAUUGAGCCCUACGACGGGCCCGACCCCUCCUCUUCCUCCUGCCCCGAUAUCAACGUUCUGGUGCGGCUACCCUGGCCGGCAGCGAAAAUAGAGCGGCUGCCGCCCACAUCGCCGGCGCAGCGGUCCAUGUGCUACAUCGUCAAAUGCCAUCCGCGGCGCGGCAAGUUCAAUGUCGAGGCUGCCACCAAGCUGGGCGUCGUCAAAACCGACUUCAAGCGCCUCACAAUGGGGCAGAGCGUGCCCGGGGCGGACGGGACCAUCGUCACUCCAGACAUGGUUAUGGGGGCUCAGAUUGACGGUCGUGGCUUCGCCAUUCUGGACAUUCCGUUUCCAGACCUGAUCGACCCGUUGCUCCAGCGCCACGAGUGGUCGAAUCCGGAAAUCAUGAAGGGCAUCGACACCAUGUACUGGAUUCUCUCCGACGACAUCACCGUGUCCAACGAUGAUCGCGUGCAGCAGUUCAUGAAAACGCACGCGUCCAUCAAGCACAUCAUCCUCGGUAGCGCCAUGUGCCCCAAUGUGCCGGGCCUAGAAUCCCCUACGUCUCAGCUCAUCAAGAUGAACGGCAUUGACCCGCAGAGAUUUCCCCUCCCUGUGUUUGACACCAAACCACGAUCGGACCUCGACAAGGAACUGGAACUCAUCGCCGAAGUCGGCCGACCAGGGUUACAAUACCAGCUUGCUCCGAGGGCGACGUUCAUCACUGACGGAGUCGUCCCUGUAAUGGAUACGAAAAGGCCGAUCUGGGAGCUGAUGACGUACGCUCCGCAGGCUUUGGAGCGUGCAAGCGCCGCACGCAACGCCAUAGCGGCCCCGUCCUUCCUGACCGAGGUUGAAAAGUCGCAGCAUGACCUGCCCAGUCCGGAGACGGAGAUUGUCCCACUCGGCACGGGCUCAGCCAUGCCCUCCAAGUACCGCAACGUAUCGGCUACUCUCAUCCGAGUCCCCGGCUGGGGCAGCUACAUUCUCGACUGCGGCGAGAACACGCUCGGCCAGCUCCGCCGUUGCUUCGGCUACGAGGGCGCCGACGAAGUCCUCAAAGACCUCCGCGCUAUCUACAUCAGCCACCUGCACGCCGACCACCACCUCGGCACCGUCAGCGUCAUCGCCCGCUGGCGCCAGCUUUCGCUCCCUGCCGACCGCAAGCUGGCCAUCAUCGCCACGCCCAAGUACCAGGACUUUGUGCGCGAAGUCCAGUCGGUCCAGCACCUCAGCGGGGAGCGUCUGCUGCACGUCACCCUCCGCAGCACCAGCGGCCGCCCGAUGCCGGGCACCCUGACCAAGACGUCCUUCCCCGACGGCGUCGACCCAGAGGCGCUCGGCCUUCCCCGCAUCGAGGCCUGCUUCGUAAACCACUGCUACGAGGCCACGGCGGUGGUCCUCACCUUCCCAGACACCGGCCUGAAGAUCGCCUACUCGGGCGAUUGCCGGCCGUCGGCGACGUUCGCCGAGCUCGGCCGCGGCGCGCACCUGCUGCUGCACGAGUGCACCUUCGAGGACGAGCUCGGCGGCGACGCGCUGGCCAAGAAGCACUCGACCCUCUCCGAGGCGCUGGAUGUCGGGCGGCAGAUGCGGGCGCGGCGGAUCCUGCUGACCCACUUCUCGCAGCGGUAUCCCAAGCUGCCCGUCAUCAACGAGGCGGCGCUGGGGACGGAGGAGGAGAAGGAGAGCCGCGACGUCGACGUGCUGUUCGCGUUCGAUAUGAUGCGGCUCAAGCUGGGCGAGUUCAAGCAGGCUAAGGCGUUCCUGCCGGCGCUGAGGGAGCUGCUGCAGGAAGGGGAGAAGCAAGAGGAGGAGGAUGAGGAGUGAUAUACAUGCGUGAGUUGGGUGUACUAUAUAUAUAACAUGUGCCAUAGGACCAUAGGUCGUGUCGUGUCGUGACGCAUUAUGGAUGGGCGGCGGUUGGAUAGUGCAUGGCCGGGUAGAUAGAUGAUAUAGAUGGUUUGGUCGGCCCCGGCGAGGCUGACCUAGUUCCCGCGGGAAUACUUUCCUCUUUCAUUUCCCAUGUGCAGGUUGUGGUAGGCGUGGCGUGUAUGCAUCAAGAUCUGGUCAUCUUUUUUGCUCCCAUUGCUCUGCCCAGCUGAUUGCAGCUGUUCUGACUCAAGCGUUCACAUCGGGGGGUCAUCACAAUAGCAUC